AUGGAACAAGAACAACAGCAGCAGCAGCCAACUAGCAAAGCAAAAAAAUCAGUUCGCUUCAAUGUGCCCUCAGACCCACCCACACCUGAACCAGUAUUACUUGAAGCUCCUCCACCACCCCCUCUCACAUAUGAGAAACCUUCGUGGAGUGGUUUACCUCAAGGAACCUUUUCGUUUGAAGUGAUAAAGGGUGGUGUAUCGUUGGAAAUUAUCGAGCUGCCUUUUAAAGAUUUUAUAGUACUUGGACGUUUGCCGAUAUGUGAUAUUUCAAUGGAACAUGCCUCAAUUUCCAGAUAUCAUGCCAUUAUACAAUUCAACGAAAAUGGACAUGGUUUUCUAUAUGACAUGAAUAGUGCUCACGGUACCAUACUGAAUCGAGUACCAAUACCACCACAAACAUACACACGACUUCGCGUAGGAGAUCAAAUUCGGUUCGGUGAAAGUUCACAAGAGCAAUUGUUAUCAACAGGUUCGCUUAAUAUAACCAAACAUACACAAAAAAAUGUGGCUUCAAUAAAUACUGGGGUGACUUGGGGGUUCUCUGAAGAUGCUGAUGUCGAGAAUGAGGUUGGAGAACCAGUUAUUGCGGAAACUUGGAAACGAAAUGAGAAUGCAUAUUAUUAUAAUGAUCCGAAAAAAGCAUUACGUAGUUGGUUGGAUAAUCGAGGUUAUGAUAUGGAAUUUGAAAUAGAAGAGGAAGGUCCAAUACACGCGCGAACUUUUACUGCUAGGAUUCAGUUGCCCGAAGUAGAGGAUGCAUUUGGACCAGUUUAUGGAAUAGGAAGUAGCGCAAAAAAGAGAGAUGCCGAAAGGCGAGCAGCUAUAGACGCGUGCGAAAAAUUGGAUAUGCACGGGAUAUUACGUGGUGGUGUCGAAGAAACAGCUGCUAGAAAAAAACGACUUCGUAAAUUAUUGGAUGAGGACGAUGAUGAUAAAGAUUCUUUUUAUGAUAGAACUGAUAUAAGCGAGCGAAAAAAGACGCGAAACCCACAAAAGACAGUCCCUCAAAAAGUUGAAACUUAUGAAUCUUUGACUAACCAAAAACAGGAAUUAGAGAUUCAAAUUGAAGAGCUUCGACGCAAGAUAUCUGAGGCUGAUGAUGAAGAAUCUAAACAUAAAUCAGCAAAUGGCGACGAACUGGAUAUUUAUAUGAAUGAAUUGCAAAAUAAUAUAACUGGCGCAUCCACGAUGGAACUAAAGGCUUCUCUACAGUCGUUAAUUAAGCAAAGUCAACGACUUACAAGACUUAUCGAGAUCACGAAGCCUCCCGAUAUAUUGGGAACUAAGUCAACAUCAUCGAUCAAAACUAACAGUAUAAUCCCUCAGCCGGAAAAGGGGGAAAGAUCAAUACAAACGGAUAAAGAACCAGUUCCUAAUAUCUCCAGUAGCCACGUAGUACCAGAAGAUUCUGAAACUACAGAAACAACACAAAUAAAAAGAUCGACUUCAAAUCCACUACUAGAAAAAGAAUCAGAAGAAACGAUGAUUACACCACCAGACCUAGUAAUAGGCAAAUCAACAAAAAGGGAAGCCUCUAAUUUAUACUUGACAAAAGAGAAGAGAGCUAGAGUGAUGGUUCCAAUGACACCGCAGGAAUAUGAGGAGCAAGAGAAAAAAGCAAUAGAACAAAAUGAACUUGAAGACGAAGAAGAAAUAACUGCUUGGGAGCCUCCUAAAGGACAAAUAGGCAUGUGUUUUGAUCCUUAUAUAAUAAAUUGCAAGUAA